CCUCUAUAAUCCGGUAUCAGGAUGCCAGGGUACUCAUUGAAAGGAUUUUUGUUGUUACUUUGCUGGAUUACGGCCAGGAGUUCUCCAACUCCAGGAUCUGAGGGACACAGAUCAGUUACUGACUGCCCGUCGUGUUCGCUCGCCAGGUUCCCAAAGGAUGCGUCCAGUUCUGAAAGGGACAUGGUAGAAGCAGUCAAAAAGCACAUUUUGAAUAUGCUGCACUUGAGGGACAGACCUAACAUCACGCAGGCAGUACCUAAAGCAGCUCUUUUAAAUGCUAUCAAGAAACUGCAUGUAGGAAAAGUGGGAGAUGAUGGUCAAGUCCAAAUAAAGGAUGACGUCACAGAAAUGAAUGAGAUCUCAGAUCAAACUUCCGAAAUCAUCACUUUUGCCGAAUCAGGCCCCUCCAAGAAAGUACUUCAUUUUGAAUUUUCCAAAGAAGGAAGCGAUUUAAUGCUAAUCGAGAAAGCAGAACUUUGGCUUUUCAUUAAAAUGUCUAAGAACAACCGCAGUCGGGCAAAACUGACCAUUCGACUAUACCAGCAGCAAAGAGGACAGAAAGACCAACGAGGCUCUGAUGGCAGUAAAAGUGAACAACUGAUUACAGAAAAGGUAGUAGAUACAAAAAAGGGCGUCUGGCAUACUUUCCCUAUUUCUGGCGCUAUUCAGCGCUUGCUAAAUCACGGAAAGUCGUCAAUGGACAUCAGAGUAUCAUGUGAUCAGUGUCAAGAGGCAGGAGCUACCCCUGUGUUAUUCGGAAAGAGAAAGAAAAAGGAUGAUGAAGAAAAAGAAGCUGGAGCAAAUGCAGGUGAAGAAGAAAGGGAACAGUCCCACAGGCCUUUUCUAAUGAUCGUUGCUCGACAGACAGACGAGCAUCCACACAGAAGGAGAAAGCGUGGGCUAGAGUGUGACGGUAAAGUCAGCAACUGCUGCAAGAAACAGUUCUUCGUCAGCUUCAAGGACAUUGGUUGGAGUGACUGGAUCAUAGCACCUUCCGGCUACCACGCAAACUACUGCGAGGGAGAUUGUCCUAGUCACAUUGCAGGGACAUCUGGUUCCUCCCUCUCCUUUCACUCCACAGUUAUAAACCAAUAUCGAAUGAGGGGCCAUAGUCCUUUUAAUAGCAUCAAGUCCUGUUGUGUCCCCUCUAAGCUGAGAGCUAUGUCCAUGUUAUACUAUGAUGAUGGACAAAAUAUCAUUAAAAAGGAUAUCCAAAACAUGAUCGUGGAGGAAUGUGGCUGCUCAUAAAACAAAGAAUAAGUAUGUAUAUAUAUAUAUAUAUAUUUAUUUAUAUAUAUAUAUAUUACAGUCAUACUGAAAACACCAAUCAAAAAAGACGUGCAAAUGACUUGCAAAUGAGCAAAGAUCUAAAUUUUUGAGAUAACAAGGGGACAAAAAC